CCAGUAAAGAUGGGUGACAAAAUGGCUGCUCCCGCCGUGCCUGCUGGCAAGGAAUGGUCACAUGGUUUUUGGUCCUGCUGCAAUCCAUUCAGUACAUGCUUGUUGACUUACUUCUGUCCCUGCAUGGUCUUUGGUAAAACUGAAGCUCGGCUGAAGGAGCCAGGAGCCACUGAGCACAGUAGUAUGAAUGGCAUGUGUUGUGCUUGGGCAUGCUUGGCCUACGUAGGGUGUUCAUGUAUCCUCACAGCACUCCAACGUAGCAAGAUUCGAGAUACUUAUGGUAUCGAGGGCUCAAGCGCGACGGACUUUUGCGCAUCAUUCUGCUGCCCCUGCUGCACCAUUGUGCAAAAUUCGAAAGAAUCCGUGACGAGAACGCAGGCAAAUGGAGCUUAUCAAUCACCACCAGCCAUGCAAUAUCCAUGAAAAGGGCGCGAUGUGGGACAUGAAAGAACCAAGAAGGCAGCAUUCGUGACAGGAUUACCGUUUUCGUUUAAUAAGACCUCUAUUGUAUUGCUUUUGUUUUACUUUGCAUGCUUUUAUACCUCCUAAGUAAUUAUUUAUUGUCUAUUUCCACUUAAUCCCUCUCGCUUCUACAAGAACUGGAUGAUCCUGGAAUGGCCUAUGUCUGCCGAUUCUUACAUAGAUGCCUGCUUCACUUGGCGCAACCAUUUAUUUACUUCCAGAAUUUGACAGGCUAAUACGAUUAUUUAGCUAUUUAUUUAUUUAUUUAUUUAUUUAUUUAUUUAUUUAUUUAUUACUUUA